AUGCCAACUCCUGCUGAAAUUAUUGCUGCUCGUCACAAUAAUGAAAAUCUUCCAGUUUCCUCCAAUACCAAUGAGGAUUCUUACUUCUCAGAUAAUGAAGUAGUUGGUAAUGAAAGUACUACUUCUACUAAGGCUUCUACUCCAACUCCUUCAUUAGCUGAUGAAAGUGCUUUCCCUGCUUUAGGUGGUGGAAAGAAAUCAAGUGGAACUGCUACUCCAGUUGUAGGAUCUUGGGGUCCUUCUAUGAAAGCUCCAGUAACUCCUGUUAAAGCUGCAUCUCCUGCUCUUAAAUCAAAAUCAACUAAUACUUCUGGAUCUACUAAUGGAGCUAGUGGUAAGCCAAAGCUUUCAAAUAUUCAAGAAGCUUUCUCGCUUGAUGCUGAAGAUCAAAUUAAAAUCGAUAAUAAAGAUUUCUUUAAGAUCUUAACUUCCAUUAAGACUGAAACCAAUACUACUAUUGAAUGUACAACUUCUCAACAUACUAAAAAGAGAACUUAUUUAAUUACUGGUAAACCAGAAGAUGUAUCUCAAGCUAAGAGAUUGGUUAUUAAACAAUUAACCAAACCAGUUAAAUCUACUUUCACAGUUCCUGCCAAACUUAGAUCAAGAAUCAUUGGACCUCAAGGUAAAACUUUAAAACCAAUUAUUCAAGCUAAUGAAGUUAGAAUUGAUAUUGGUAAUCUUGAUGAAGUUGAAGUCGAAGAUGAAGUUGAAGAUGAAGAAGAUGAAGAAGAAGAUGAAGAUGAUCUUUUUUCAAAAACUAUUAAGAUUACUAUUGAAGGAGAUGCUGAAGGUUGUAAACGGGCUAAAUCUCAAAUUUUAGCUAUUGUUAAAGAAGAAACUAAGAAUUUAACAGCUAAGAUUAAAGUUAGUGAUAUUGUUAAACCAUUUGCUAUUGGACAAUUAAAAUCCAUUGUUGAAAAAUAUAAUACUUUAGAUAUUUCAAUUCCAGAAUAUAAAUCUUCAGGCAAUAAUAUUUUAGUAUAUGGUGAAAGAGAAUUAACCAUUCAAGCUAAACAAGAAAUUAAAACUAGUUUAGAAUCAUUAUCAGAAAAGAUUAUUGUUGAAGAAGUUGCAAUUCCUGUAAUUAAACAUCAAUUUUUACCAAUUGAUAAGAUUUUAGAAGAAGAUAAUGUAUUAAUUAAAUUACCAAUUGAACCUGAAACUAAUGUUAAAUUUAUUGGUGAAAAGAAGAAAAUUACUCAAGCUAAGGAAAAGGCUAGACAAACUAGUUCUCAAUUUAAAGUUGAAAUUCUUGAUAUGUCAAAAGCUCAUAAGGGUAAUUUAAAACAUGUUAAGGCAGUGGCUGCUUUCUUAGAUAAAAAUGGUACUUUUAAAACUAUUUCUAAUGAAAAUGAUCUUGUAGUUAAAGUUCCGGAAAUUAAAACUUUAUCUGAUGAUGAAGUUUCUUCAAUUCCAAUUGAAAUUGUUAGUAAAAAUGGUGAACCAGAAAAGACUUUAAAGGCUAGAAAAUCCAUUGUUCAAGUGGUUAAUAAAAUUACUCCUGAUCAAACUAAAGUUAUUGAAGAUAUUGAUGAAUUCUUACUUGCCAAAGUUCCUGAAACCAUUAAUGAAAUUGCUAAAAUCAAUAAUGUUGAUUAUGUUAUUUUAGGUAAGACUAUUACUUUAUUUGGUGAAGAAAAAGCUGAAACUGAUGAUUUUGAUUUUGUUGAAACUACUGAUACUUCUAUUGGUUUAAGUAAAGUUGAUGAAGCCUUAAAUAAAUUAAGAGAAUUAUCUUCAACUUUAGAAUCUGUUGUACUUUCAGUUCCAUCAAAGGAUCAAGCUGAUAUUUCUGGUCCAAAGGGUACUACAUUAAAAUCUAUUUUAAAUUCUGUUGAACCAAAUUCAGUAGUAGUUAAAUUACAUUCUAAUGGAACUGGUAAAUCAGAUAAUGAAAUUCUUAUUCAUGGUGUUAAAUCUGAAGUUGGUAAAGUUAAAAAGGAUAUUGAAUCUGUUCUUGCUGAUGUUAAAGAACAUGGUAAUGCUUAUUCUUCAGUUAUUGAAGUUCCAACUCAUGUUUUAUCAAGAUUAAUUGGUAAGGCAGGUGCCAAUUUGAAUGCCUUAAGAGAUGAACAUGGUGUUAAAAUUGAUGUCAGUGAUGAUGGUAAACCAGAAGAUAAUAAUAAAGAUAAGAAUGCUAAGACUAAUCUUUCGAUUGUCGGUAUUAAAAGAAAUGUUGAAGAAUCUAAAGCCAAGAUUAUUCAAUUAGCUAAAAGAUGGGCUGAUGAAACUACUUCAAGAUUAAAGAUUGAAAAUCAAUAUCAUAGAAAAUUAAUUGGUCAAAGUGGGGUUUACAUUAAUAGAUUACAAGAUAAAUAUAAUGUUAAGAUUAGAUUCCCAAGUGCUGGUACUUCUACUCCAACUGAUAAUAAUAGUUCUGAUUCUCCAAAACAUAAAGAUGAAGUUACUAUUAGAGGUGCCUCUAAGAAUGUUGCCAAGGCUGAAGAAGAAUUAUUAGAUUUAUAUAAUUAUGAAAAAGAAAAUGGUUUCCAACAAACCAUUAAGAUUCCAAUUAAAGCCAUUGCUAGAGUUAUUGGUAAAGCUGGAGAAACUAUUAAUGAUAUUGCUGCUGAUACAGGUAUUGAAUAUCAAUUCAAGAGAGAUAAUGAAAGUGAAGAAAAAACUGGAUUUGCUGAAGUUGAAUUAACUGGUUCAAGAACUGCUCUUAAACAAGCCAAUAAGAAGAUUCAAGAAAUCAUUGAAGAAAUUGAAAAUUUUAUUUCUGUAACUAUUAAUGUUGAUCCUAAAUAUCAUCGUGAUUUAAUUGGUCAAGGUGGUUCAGUCAUGAAACAAAUUAUUGCCAAGGCUGGUGGUGAUGAUUUACCAAGAAAUAGAUAUUUCAGAUUAUUAAAUAUUCCAAAUGAAGGAACUGGAUCUGAUGAAGUUACCUCUCAAGGUGAUAAAUCUAUUGUUGAUAAGAUUGUGGCUGAAGUUAAGAGAAUUGUAGCUCAAAAGGAAUCUGAAGUUUCUGAAGAAUUUGAAUUACUUAAGGAAAAACAUAGAUUAAUUGUUGGAUCUAAUGGACAUAUUCGUCAUUCAUUACAAGAUGAAUUUGGUGUUUCAAUUGAUAUUCCAAGACCAAAUGAUGAAUCAUCUAUUAUUAAAUUAAGUGGUUUACCAGAAAAUAUUGAAAAGGUAAAGGCAAAGAUUACUGAAUUAACUAAAGAUGAUUGGAAUGAAAGUAUUGAUAUUCCAUCUAAAUAUCAUUCAUUAGUUAGUGAAAGAGGAGCUAUCUUUAAAAAAUUAAAGACUGAUUAUAAUGUUGAUGUUCAACAUGGACUUUUUACAAGACAAGCCGCUAAAUUAUCUAAUUCUCUGAUUCCUACUCCACCAGAAUCAGCUAUUCCAACUGAUGAUAAUAUUACAACUUUAUUUACUAUAGUUAAUUCAGAAGAAGAAUCUAAUGGAGAAAAGGAAGAAAGUUUAAUUCCAUGGAGAUUGAAGGGUUCAACAGAAGAUACAGCAAAGGCAGCAAAAUUAAUUGAACAACGUUUAGAAAAUGCUAAAGCCGCCAAUGCCACCGGUUGGUAUUAUUCUAAAAAUCCAUCAACUUUCUCUAAAGUUGUUGGACCUCAAGGUUCUAAGAUUAGUCAAAUUAGAAAUAAAACUAAUACUUUUAUUACUGUUCCAAGAGCUCAAGAUAAGAAUUCCAACUUCAUCUAUUUAAUUGGUACUGAGGAAAAUUUGAAUGCUGCAAAGAAAGAAAUUGAUGCUGCUCUCAAAUAA